AUGGCGGCCUUCCGCGACAUGGAGGAGUUGUGUCAGGGGCUGCUGAGCCUGCUGGGCGCCAACCACGCCGAAGCGCAGCAGCGGCGGCUGCUAGGGCGCUACCGGCAGAUGAUGGAGCGGCUGCUGGAGACGCAAGGCGGUGCGGAGCAGCAGCUGCGAGAGAUCCUCGAAGCAGAGAAGGACGUGGCCCAGAGCCUUCUUGAUGCAAAGGAGCAGGCGUGCCAGGGUGUGGCUGAGUUGCAGCAGAUUGAAGCCAAGCUGCGAAAGGCCAGCGAGGAGGACGCUCACCUGAAGGCCAGCCUCCUUCAGCUCACCAGGGAGCUGGAGGACCUCCAGGAGAUCGAGGCUGAUCUCGAGAAGCGGGAGAAGGAAAUUAAUGAAGACACAAUGGUCACUAUCCCUGCAGCCACGUAUGUGGCUCAACUUUAUCACCGAAUUAGUAAAAUCGAGUGGGAUUAUGAGUGUGAACCGGGGAUGAUCAAAGGCAUCCACUGUGGCCCCAGCGUGGCCCAGCCCAUCCACCUGGACAGCACCCAGCUCUCCAAGAAAUUCAUCAGCGACUAUCUUUGGGGCUUGGUGGACACGGAGUGGUAGCCAGGAGCCUCGUGGACUGUGUCUCUCUCGCACACAGUGGGAAUCAUUUGUGGUGUGUGGU